AUGCCUCUUCUCUCAAGAUAUUCGUUGCGUCAGAAUCGCGGUUUCCUGGGCUCUGAUAGUUCUGCGCUGCCAUCGCAAGACGCCCAAGAUCGUCAACAACUACGUUACGAACUCGAUUUGAAUUCAUGGAAUUUCCGUAUCUGGGGCGUUUGCGCCUCGGGCUUUCUGACAGACUCAUAUAACCUCUUUUCAACUAAUGUAAUUCUAGCUUCGAUCGCAUUUGUCUAUUGGCCCAACGGUCCAGAGUGGUCGGGCCUACUUAUUAACUUCUUUACGCUCCUCGGGUCUGUUGUAGGCCAGGUCUUGUUUGGCUACCUCGCCGAUCGCUAUGGCCGGACUCGCCUCUACGGCGUUGAGCUUGUCCUUGUUAUUGUCUCAACUAUUGGCGUCGCCACUAGCAGUCGCGGUUACAAUGAUCUUUCUUUUCUAGGCCUGUUUACUUGGUGGCGUUUUGUCAUGGGCAUAGGAAUUGGAGCUGAAUAUCCCCUAAGCGCGGUCAUAACUUCAGAAUGGUCUAGUACACAGUCUCGAGCGACUAUGUUGUCCUCGGUUUUCAUGAUGCAACCCAUUGGCCAGGCGCUGGCGCAGUUGGUCGGUCUGUUUGUUCUCCUUGGCUUCCAACGAAGUCAUGAUCUACAAGGAAUGCGAUGUGGUCUCGAUAAACUGCAUGAGGAAGAAUGCAAGAAGGCACUAGACGGCGUUUGGCGCAUCGUGAUCGGCUCGGGUGCUGUUCCUGCGCUUCUCGCCAUCAUCUUUCGUUUCUUCCUUUUCGACUGUGGCAUCUACAGCCUGGAGGUUCGAAACAAACCUGGAAUGGCUCUCGUAAACACUCAAAGGAUCUACGGUGCUCCUCAGGGGGGUGGCGUAGAAACCUUCCCCAAUCGUGGUGCAGCUGAUCGCUCAAUGAGUGCCCCAGGCGACGGAACGAAUUCGAUCCCGAUGGGUCAGUUCAGCCAAAGCCAAGCACCAACAACAUAUCAAAUCAACUCGCCAGGUGGAAACAAUGUCGCACCUUCGUAUCGGGCAACCGAUUUUGGGGAUGGUACGCAUCAUGGCAAUCCUUCACAACAGGCGAUGCCUGUCCAGUUUUCGAGAGAAGACCUGCAUAACUACUUCAUCCGCGAUGGAAACUGGGCAUAUCUCUUGGGCACAGCAGCAACAUGGUUCUUCUUGGACGUUUCGUUCUAUGGUAUGAGCCUUGAUAACAGAGGCACCUUGUCGACUAUGUGGGCAACGACUACACCGACCAAGAUUGAUGACUCCCUCGAAUGCUGGGCAUCGUCACUCCGCGGGGGAAAUUCGACCGUGCCAGAUUGGGCCGUGGAUGGGCUUCCAGUUUGGUCGACCGACGCAACGCAUCCCUGCAACACAAUUUACGACGUAUUGAUCGAGCAAACAAAGCAAUAUCUAUUAACUGUCUCACUCGCAUCGAUUGCGGGUAGUGGUUGUUUUGUUGUCUUCGCAAAUCGCAUACCUCGGCGUCAAUGGCUCACGGCAUCCUUUCUUGUGUUGGCUGGUCUAUUUGUUACCACUGGAUGUGUCUAUUAUGGCGUCCAUCAAAAGCAAGGCGCUCCAGCUACAGUAGUAUGUGUGGCCAUUUGCCACUUUAUGUUCAACUUUGGCGCCAACACAUUGACAUUCAUAAUACCGGCCGAGAUUUUCCCAACUUGCUAUCGAUGUCUCUGCCACGGCAUCUCGGCGGCUGCGGGAAAGCUCGGAAGCCUCGUCGCAGUUCUUGUGGUAUACGGCAUCAACCAAUCAUACCAGGCUAAAAACAGGCAAGGACUCAUAUUCCUACUCUUCGGUUCAGUUGCGGCCGUCGGCGCUAUUUUCUCCUGGGCAUACUUGCCUGAUUCACAACGCCGAGUCGAGUAUGAAGGGAAAACCUAUCUUGAGGCUAAAACACUUGAGGAGCUUGGUGAAGGCAGAAUUAAAGCUCGACUCGGCGGGGAGUUUGUGACGAUCGAAGAGAAGUGGGAUGCUAUCAAGAGGAGGAAAAGGGGCUCAAUGAGAAGUGAUCCAUCCGUGCCAGAUGGCACUACAUAG